GCUAAUUUUAGAUCCUCGCAUUUUGGCCAACCGCGUGAGGGAAAAGGUGAGCGAUAGGGACAGGACAGAGGGACGGGGAAAAGAGCCAGGUAAGGCACAUACGCAUUUGCAGGUGCAUGCGCGUAUACGUAUGUGUGCGUGUGUGGUGACGAGGAGAGAAAUAGCGAGGGAGACCGAGAGACCGAGAGACCAAGACAGAAGAGAUUGGCAGAGGCAGAGCGCGAGACAGGGUCGCAAUCGCAGCUGAAAACUACGCAGGCUAAUCGAAUCAGAUCACGUCAAUCAUGGGGCUGCGCGACCUAAUCAGGAAGAAGGAUCGGCUCGACGACGGCCACGGCACCGAUCGCGAGACCCUCGACAGAUUGGCCGGGCCCGAGUUCACCUUCAUACGCUCCGACACGCAUACGCAGGAGAUCAUCCACCCGCCGAGCGACCCGAGCGAGCGCCAUCGCUAUCCUAACAGCGGCGGCAACUUCCUGUCCACCAAGGACGCUGGGUCCCCACCCUCUCGGACGCGCCGCAGCCUCGACGUGUUCAGACCGCGUUCGCGGGACGAUGGCACGUCGGGCGACGGCAGGGAGGGCGGCGAUGGCAGCACCAGUCCUGGCGGUAGCGGUGGGGGGAGUGGGCACCGCGGCCUAUCGGAGCGGUUCCGCCUGCCGUCGUCCUCGUCGUCGCGCCACGCCAAGUCCGAGUAUGUGCCCGCCAACCUGCCGCAGAUCAACGUCGAGGCGGCGGAGUACUCGGGAGCGCGGCCGUCGUCCUCGGGCGGCGGUGCCGACGGCAGGGGGAGGAGCGCGGCCGGGGCCGACAAGGACGCGUACGAGGGCCAGUGGGAGAAGCGCGCGACGAUGCUGGCGGAGACGAACCUGCGCCAGCGCAGCCGGUCGCCGGCGGCGCCGCACGCGCGCGCGCAGUCCCCGGCUCCCGGCGGGGUCAUCUCGUCCAAGGCGAUCGACGAGCAGAUCCAGGAGGGCAUCCGGCUUCACGAAGAGGGCGACCUCGACCAGUCGACCCGGCUCUUCGGCCGCCUCGCCGACCCCCAAGGCGCGAAUAACCCCCUGAGCCAGGUGCUCUACGGGCUCGCUCUGAGACACGGCUGGGGCUGCGAACCAGACACGGAGCGCGCAGUCAACUACCUAUCCGCCGCGGCGUCGAACGCGGCGUCGGUCGAGAGCAUGGCGCUACAGGCGGGCAUGAAGAAGGGCGGCGCGGCCAAGGGCGAGCUCGUCCUGGCCAUCUUCGAAUUGGCGAAUUGCUUCCGCCACGGCUGGGGCAUCCCGCGAGAUCCAGUCGCCGCAAAGCAGAUGCAAUGAACGAAGUUGGCUGGUGCUAUCUCGAAGGCUUCGG